GACGACGACGUCAUCAAUAGGCGCCUGUCCGUGUGCUUUGCUUGUGCGACGCAGGCACAGACUUUUUUUUGCAUGGUAUUUUGUGUAUAAAACAAAGAGCUUAAAAUGCCUAUGAAAGGAAGGUUUCCGAUCAGGAGGACUCUGGAAUACCUCCAGAAGGGAGAGAUCGUAUUUAAAAACAGAGUGAAGAUCAUGACUGUGAAUUACAACACACACGGAGAGCUGAGCGAAGGAGCAAGAAAAUUUGUGUUCUUCAAUAUUCCUCAGAUUCAGUACAAAAACCAGUGGGUGCAAAUAAUGAUGUUCAAAAAUAUGACCCCGUCGCCGUUCUUGAAGUUCUACCUGGACGAUGGAGAGCAAGUGCUGGUGGACGUUGAAGGAAAGGACCACAAACAUAUUUCCGACCAUGUCAGGAAGAUUUUGGGCAAAACAGAAGAAGUGUUACAAGCUGAGGCACAGGCCAAGAUGCAAGAAUCAAACCCGGCAAACUUUGGUCCCAGGAAGUACUGUCUGCGGGAGUGUAUCUGUGAGGUGGACGGCCAGGUGCCUUGUCCCAGCACCACCGCUCUGCCCAAAGAGAUGACGGGCAAAUAUCGCACCAAGAUGGCAGCAUCACAGGAGUGAUAGGCCGAAGAGAGCUGAGUGCUGUAGAUUAAAUGGACAAUUUUAUGGUUUUGUGAUGUAUGAUUUUGUACGAUUACAUAAAAGGACUCCUGCAUUGCAUACUUUGCUGUAAAUAUGAGUAAUUAAAAGGAGUCCCACUAUGCUGUGCAUUGUGCGAACGUUACUGGACGGAGACCCUGGAGUCCACCAUGAGCACCAGGAACCUUCCAACACAUGAUAAAAACUGGUUGAAGUUUGGAUCACUUGACACCUGUUUACAUGUGAUGUCUCCUGGUUGAAGAAUCCACACAUCCACAUGCAAUUUACAUCUAACCAAAGUAAUGCAAUGUUAAAAUAAAAAACAUUUGCCUACA